AUGAAGGCCUCACAGGUGAGGAAGGUGUCAGAAAGGCACCCUAUAGAUCUAUGGAAGAGCCAUCAAUGCGAAAAAUGUAGCCAAAAAUAGAAAAAAAAUGUCAAAUUAUGUAUUAAAUUGUUUCCUAUUUAAUUGUUUUCCUGAUUCCUGUGCAAGACUGAUAUCGUUUGAUGACUUGUGCUUGAAGGUUUAAUUUGAGUUGCUGCGAUCAAUCAUCACCUAUGUGAUGAUCAUACAGUGGGAAACUCAAAAUGAUAUGAAGCUAAAAAGAUUAACCACUUAUUUAUUUAUUUUAUGCACGCCUGAAAAAUUAAAAAAAUCGGUCUUACCUGCAUAUUCGUAAUAAUUUGCCAUGAAUGUUGAUCUUCAACGAGUAUGCUAAUUUUGGGGCGGAAUUCUUUUAGAUAUUGAUGCAUUCUAAGGAAAAGGCCUUGGAUAUUACAAGCAUGGAGAUGUUCUUUCUUAUGCUUGCUUUGAUCUAGUAGUAAUCAACUGGGAGAAGAUUCUGCAGGAUCCUCAAGGGGCAACCGAAGAUCAACAACACUCAUCGCAGGUGUCCCAAGAAUCUCAGCAUGACCGACAGAACAAUUCAGGGACUGAUGCUCCCAUGGCGGAGUCAGCUUCGAUUUUGAGCAUCGACAAUAAUAAAAAGGUUUCCCGGGAGGACAUAGAACUUGUAAGACAAUCUAGUUUUCUUAUUUCUUAUAAAUAUUAUUAGGUUUCUCUCAUAUGUACUAGACUUUUGAAAAAUGCUCUCUCCUGAUCCUCUCCUGCAUGUUCAGCCAUCUUUAUGUGAGUGCUUUCUUUUGCUUUUUUAGGUGCAGAAUCUAAUCGAACGCUGCCUACUCAUGUACAUGAAUAGAAAUGAGGUAGUGAGGAUUCUUCUUACUCGCGCUAGAAUAGAGCCAGGGUUUACAACUCUCGGUAAGUUGCCUCAUGAUAAAAUUUCCCCAGAGUUACUUUAACAGAUAUAUUCCUGAAUGGGUAAUUCAUUAUGUCUUGCAUUUACUCUCUGUGUAGAGAUUAACCAUACUUAAUGGUGUAAUAUAUGCUUUAUACUUUAAAAUUAUUUUUAAUGGAUUGGAAGACCAGUCUUCUGCAAUUGUCUGACUAUCCCUUACUGCCACUUGAAUAUCUUUCUAGUAAUUUUAAGAAGGGAAGAGAGCUUUAUUAUACCUUUUCUGUUGAUCAAGUUUGGCAGAAGCUGGAGGAGGAGAAUGCCGAGUUUUUCAGGGCUUAUUACAUAAGAUUGAAGCUCAAGAAGCAGAUUCUGCUUUUCAAUAACUUGCUUGAGCACCAAUACCAUCUGAUGAAGUACCCAGCGCCUCCCAAGGUGCCAAUGGCUCCCAUGCAGAAUGGCGUUCAUCCAAUUCCUGGUAAUUUUUCGCCCACCCUGAGACUCGGGUGUCUACUUUUAUUUUUAUUUAUUUAUUAUGCAAAUUAAAUGAAUAGGUUGUCUAUUAUUUGUUGUGGAUUACUAUUUUAUGAGGCAAGGCGUACUCCCUAACAAAAAUUUCAAUAUCUGAAUAAGUCAUGUGAGUUUUUUUCUCUCGCCCACACAUAAAAGGGGAAAAUAUUAUUUUUCUCUGGAUCCCCUCCAAAGCUAUUGGAGCUUGCCAUCCAACUCCUGAUCCACUAUAUAUACAUAGAUAUAUGCUUGCAAAUUUCCGAAGACAAAGGGAACAGUUUCAGAUGGUUCUACCACCUUUUUCCCUUGGGCAAUAAUAAGGAAAUGGUUGACGGUGGUGGCAAGUUCAUUGUCAUGAGAACAUCUGGGGCUUCAAGAAUUAUAUUUCUCUUAGCCAGAUUUCUCACGAGAACCCUUUUUUUUUUCAUUUAAUCCGUGACAAGACACUUUCAACUAAGGUGGAAGAGUUUGUUGUCUUAAACUCCUCAUACUGAAGCAAUUAUUUGCAAUCAUUGUUCUCUCGCUGGAAAGCUUUAAAAAUAAAAUUUUCCUGCAUAGUCUUCUCUUUUCACAAGCUUAAUCCCUAGUUAUAAAUAGCAUUAGAUAUGGAAUCCCCGACUUUUAUUUUUUUUUCUAUGAGUGUUCAUGGGUGCAUGCGGAAACUCCUUGUACGGUUUAAUCUUUUUGGAUGGCUACUUAAUUUCCAGCAAUGCAGAGCCGAAAUUGCAUGAAAUUGGCUGGAAUAUCUUGCUAGAAUUUCACAUAGCUCCUCGCGGUGGCUUUUGUCUUGUUGGAUGGAAGCUUGAUCUUCUAGCCACGCAUAUCUUUAAUAUGAGAGCUUCAUUAAUGAAUUUUUUUGCUGCUAUUGCACAUGGGUACUUGCAUAUUUUUGAUGUUCUGAGUAAGUGGAUCAUUAUUAUUCAGCAUCAGUCUUUCACAGUGCAGCAAGCAAUUUACCAAUGGGGUACCCCGUGCUGCAGCAGCCUGCGAUGCCUGCCGCCACGCAGCCCCAUCUCGAUCCCAUGAGGUUGCCCAACUGCCACGUGGUCAAUGGGUUCCCUGCACCAGGUGGCUUUCACCCGGUCCGGGUCCACUCCAUGAAUGGGUAGGUUCUCUAUUCCCUUGAAAGAUGUGGCCUUCCCGAGUCGCGUAGUUUGGGGGAAAGAAAAUGCAUAGAUAACCUAGUUAUUAAUCUCUUGCCAACGAGGUGCUGAUGGUGUCUUCACCUGAAGGGAAAUGGUGGGCGAGAAUGCAGCCGACGUGCCCCCGGCCCCGCCCUGCAAUGCCAUGUCGUCCAUGUCUGAGAUGGCGGUGAGCCCCACCUCGGUGGCAUCGUGCGGGCACUUUCCCUUCACGCCAGCCGACAUCUCAGGGAUGGGAAUCGACUCCUCGGUGCUCGACUCUGCCUUCACCACUGAUGUAGUAGGGGCCAAGGGGGACAUCCAGCUCGGGUUUGACGGCGAAGGUUCGUCCAAGGACACCCUCCAGUCAGGGGGCCAGCUCCCCUGGACCUUCAGCCUCACUGACCUCACCGCUGAUCUGACAAAUUUGGAAGGUAACCUUCUUGAGAGAUGCCCAGCAUCCAGCACUGUUUUUUUCCUCUCCCUCUCUCUCUCUCUCUUUUCCUCUCUUUCUCUCUCUUCCUCUCCCUCUCUCUCUCUCUCUCUCUCUCUCUCUCUCUCUCUCACACACACACACACAUACAUUUUUGCAUUUUCUUUAAUCCUCAAGUUUUCAAAUUAUAUGAUACUAUCUGGGAUCGCCAGCUUAUGAAAUACCCACAAGAUCAUUACUAUGGUCGUCAUCAUCAUCAUCAUCAUCAUCAUCGUCAUCAUUAUGUGUCACUUGUGUCGAGACAUCCUAAUUUCGGCAAAUCAUGGUCUGAUCAUUGGCUGAUUAUGCAGACCUGGGGGACCUCGGAAGCUACACCGGCUCCCCAUUCCUGCACGAGAGCGAGAUCAUGCUCGACCCCGAUCAAGACGACAUAGGUAGUUCUCUUACGAGAGGCACGGAUCAUAUCAUCACCGGAUUAAAUUCAGUAAUUUUUGGGUGCUAUAUUUAUUUUGCAGUCGAGGACUACUUUGUUGACAACAUCACCGGACCCUCCUCUCAAUCCGACGAGGAGAAGUCCUGA